UAGACCCCCGCCCCCCCCCUCCCGCGCACCACCCCCGCCGCUUCCUCUGCUUGGGUGCUCCUCCGGCCUGACUUCCCCUUUCUCCCACCUUUCCCGGCACCGCGGGAAAAGCAUCGCAGGGCAGAGCAGGCAGGGAGGGCGGCCGGAGCCCGGACACGGGAGCCUCCCAGUCAGUUCAAGACCCGACAUGAGGGAAAAGGGCCGUAGGAAGAAGGGCAGGACCUGGGCGGAGGCCGCCAAGACGGUCUUAGAAAAAUACCCCAAUACACCCAUGAGUCAUAAAGAAAUUCUUCAAGUUAUCCAGAGAGAAGGACUAAAAGAAAUCAGAAGUGGGACUUCUCCUCUUGCAUGCCUGAAUGCAAUGCUGCACACAAACUCCCGAGGUGAAGAGGGCAUCUUCUAUAAAGUUCCAGGUAGAAUGGGAGUAUAUACUUUGAAGAAAGAUGUGCCGGAUGGGGUGAAAGAGCUAUCAGAAGGUUCAGAAGAAAGCAGUGAUGGUCAGUCAGAUUCCCAGAGUUCUGAGAACAGCAGCAGCAGCAGUGAUGGUGGCAGCAACAAGGAGGGAAAAAAGAGCAGGUGGAAAAGGAAAGUAUCGUCUAGACUGUCACAGCCAUCCUCUCCCCAGUCAGGCUGCCCGUCACCCACCAUUCCAGCAGGUAAAGUCAUUUCUCCAUCACAGAAGCACAGCAAGAAGGCACUAAAGCAGGCUCUAAAACAGCAACAGCAGAAGAAGCAGCAGCAACAACAAUGCAGGCCAAGCAUGUCCAUCUCCUCCAACCAGCCUCUUUCUCUCAAGACUGUCAAAGCAGCCAGUGACUCUGUACCUGCCAAACCUGCAAUAUGGGAAGGAAAGCCAUCUGAUGGGCAGUCAAGUAGCCCUCAGAACUCAAACUCUAGCUAUUCUUGUUCAGUUCAAGUGGAAAACCCCUUGUUAGGCUUGGGGAAGAAGGCAUUCCAGAGAUCUGACAGGCUCCACACACGGCAGAUGAAAAGGACUAAAUGUGCUGAAAUUGAUGUUGAGACACCAGACUCCAUUCUGGUUAAUACAAAUCUCCGAGCACUGAUCAACAAACACACCUUUUCAGUCCUUCCCGGAGAUUGCCAGCAGCGACUGCUUUUACUACUGCCAGAGGUGGAUCGACAGGUUGGUCCAGAUGGUCUGAUGAAGUUAAAUGGCUCAGCCCUUAACAAUGAGUUCUUCACUUCAGCAGCCCAAGGCUGGAAGGAAAGACUCUCAGAAGGUGAGUUUACACCUGAGAUGCAGGUCAGAAUUCGACAAGAGAUUGAGAAGGAGAAAAAAGUAGAGCCAUGGAAAGAACAAUUCUUUGAAAGCUACUAUGGUCAGAGUUCUGGCCUGAGCCUUGAGGAUUCAAAGAAAUUGACAGCCUUGCCCAGUGAUCUCAAAGUAAAGAAAACCCCAGCUGAGCAACCAAAACCCAUGCUUCCUUCAGAGGCCUCACCUGUCAGUGUAGUCCCAGUAAUUCCCCAGUCAGGGUCUAAAGAAGAAGUGGUGCAAAUACCAUCCCCAGUAAGAAAAGAAGAACAUGAAAUCCAAGAUACGGUGCAGCCAAACCCCGAAUCCACAGAGCCCCUACUUUCCUCAGCAAGCAAUACACAUGAGCUUAGCAGCAUUCUUCCCAUCAAGUGCCCAAAGGAUGAUGAUCUCUUGGAGCAGAAGCCAGUUGCCUCUGCUGAACAGGAGUCUGAGAAAGAGAAUCAUCUCGCUACUACAACUCCUAAUUAUAACAAAGAUGAAGGCCAAGAGGCUUUAGUUAUGUCCCCAAACAAACCCAAGAGUCCUGGGGUGGAAAAACCAGUAAUGAAGCCCACAGCAGAAGCAAGUCCACAGGAGACCACUGCAAAAGAACCUCCAUCAACUCUGAUUGAUCACAGCCCAGAAAGCCUCAAGAGGAAAUCUUGUAUCAUCCAAGAAGAGGCCCCUGUGAGCUGGGAGAAAAGGCCACGUGUCACUGAGAAUCGCCAGCACCAGCAGCCAUUUCAAGUCUCUCCACAGCCCUUUCUCAGUAGAGGGGACAGGAUCCAGGUGCGAAAAGUACCACCUCUCAAGAUCCCGGUCUCCAGGAUCUCCCCCAUGCCUUUUCCUACAUCGCAGGUCUCUCCCAGGGCUCGUUUUCCAGUCUCCAUCACUAGUCCUAACAGAACAGGAGCCAGAACUCUUGCAGACAUCAAAGCAAAAGCCCAGCUGGUCAAAGCACAGAGGGCAGCAGCAGCCGCCGCCGCCGCUGCCGCCGCCGCAGCCACCUCCGUUGGAGGGACCAUUCCAGGACCUGGCCCAGGGGGUGGACAAGGUCCAGGAGAGGGUGGUGACAGGAAAACUGCUAGAGGGGGAUGUCCAGACUCAGACAGAGGUGACGCACCUGGAAAGGGCCCCACACUGGAAUUGGCAGGAACUGGAAGCAGGGGAGGUACGAGAGAGCUUUUACCCUGUGGUCCAGAGACUCAGCCCCAGUCUGAGGCCAAGACCCCAGACCAGGCACAGCCUCCUAGUGUCUCUGGAGCACAACUACAGCAAACCUCCUCAGUGCCUCCAACCUCUGCCGUCGGUGGAGCACGCACAGGUGUCCCAUCAGCAGCCCACACUAAUGCACCCCCACCAGCUGUAGGGAAACUGAAUAAUGAACAACUGAAUCCCACCAGGGCAACAGUCACAGUGGCCUCUCUGACCCACCCACAAGGCCCCAGUAACUGCAGACAGGAGAAAGCGCCUUCUACUCCAGCAGAUUCUGCCCUAAUCUCUGGUGCCUCACCUGUUUGUUUUGCAGCUGAUGGCACGGUUGAGUCUCGAGCAGGUUCUAGUAAGAAUAUACCAGAUCUUUCAGCCUCAGCGGAGACAGCUACUAGUACUUCGACGGAUAUGACUCCCUCUCCUUUAACAUCUUUAUUAACAACAGCCACUUUAGAAAAGCUUCCUGUACCCCAGGUUAGUGUAACUGUAGUACCUACGGGAUUAGCUACAUCCUCGAGCACUUUGCCAGUAGCUUCUAGCCUUAAAACUCCAGGAACUCCUUCAAAUAUGAAUGGACCCAUUUCAAGGUCAAGCUCCAGUAUCCCUGCAAAUAAUCCUUUGGUCACUCAGCUGCUUCAGGGCAAAGAUGUUCCCAUGGAGCAAAUUCUGCCUAAACCUCUCACCAAAGUUGAAAUGAAAACUGUUCCACUGACUACAAAAGAGGAGCCGGGGGUAGGAGCGCUCCCAGGCACCCAGGUGGCAGAAAACAGCAGCAGAGAGGAAGGUAGUGAGAGGCAGCCCCACCCGGCUCUGCAGCAGCUGGGUAAAGCCUUGCACAGUAAGCAGCUCCCCCAGGUUCCCAGGCCCCUUCAGCUCUUUUCAGGUAAGGAACUGAGGGACUCAGGCAUUGACACACACCAGUACCAGGAGGGGCUCGGCAAGGCCACCCAGGAUCAGAUCCUUCAGACUCUCAUACAGAGGGUUCGGAGGCAGAACGUUCUCUCAUUUGUGCAGCCCUCCCAGUUCAACUUCACUCACUCAGGUUUCCAGUUAGAAGAUAUCUCCACAAGCCAGAGGUUCAUGCUGGGUUUUGCUGGCAGAAGGACAUCGAAACCUGCAAUGGCAGGUCACUACUUACUGAACAUUUCCACCUAUGGCCGGGGUUCAGAGAGCUUUAGGAGGACCCAUUCCGUAAACCUUGAAGACCGUUUGUGUCUAAAUAGCCCAACGGAGGCCUUGAAAAUGGGAUAUACUGACUGUAAAAAUGCAACAGGUGAUAGUAGUAGCGGCAAAGAAGAAGAUACUGAUGAGGAAAGUACUGGUGAUGAGCAAGAAUCUGUCAUGGUGAAGGAGGAACCCCAGGCUACUCAGGGCUCUGGCAAGUGUGAAGCAAAUUCGGGACCCCACAGUAGAGAAACUCUGUCCACCAAUGAUUGUUUAGCAAAAAAGAAUGUGAAGGCGGAGACACCAGUGCAUGAGCAAACCACUUUAAGCAAGGAGAAUUACCUGUUCAGUAGAGGCCAAAUAUUGGAUGAGAAGACCCUAGCCAGAGAUUUCCUUCAGGUGGCACAGAAACAGAUGGCUCAUGCAGUGAGAGGGAAGACGAUGCGAACCAGCCCUGAGCUUUUCCAUUCUACCAGUCUCCCUCUGACUGCAGACAGUCCCACCCAUCAGCCGCUCCUGCUUCCACCCCUGCAGACCCCCAAGCUGUAUGGAAGCCCCACCCAGAUCGGGCCGAGCUACAGAGGCAUGAUCAAUGUCUCCACCUCGUCUGACAUGGACCACAAUUCUGCUGUCCCAGGGAUGCCUGAUGGCAGCCAGGUGUCUAGCAACGUAGGUGACGUCAUGUCCUUUUCGGUGACUGUCACUACUAUCCCCGCUAGCCAGGCUAUGAAUCCCAGCAGCCACGGCCAGACCAUUCCCGUUCAGGCCUUUCCUGAAGAGAACAGCAUAGAGGACACACCUUCGAAAUGUUACUGCCGCUUGAAAGCCAUGAUCAUGUGCAAGGGGUGUGGAGCAUUCUGCCACGAUGAUUGCAUUGGCCCCUCCAAACUCUGCGUUUCCUGCCUUGUCGUUCGGUAAUGCAGCUAGAGAGAGAACACAUCGUAAAGGAGGCAGGGAGGGAAGGGUUGAUGAGAUAAGGUUUUUUGCGUCCUUUUUGGGAAUCACAGAAAUAAAUAAGUAGGUUUCAGUUGUCUUAAGAGACAAAUGUUACUUAAUCAGGAAUACAGAGUACAGAUCUUACGUUUUAGAGGAAGAGCACCUUGUAUAGUAAGUCUAGGUCAAGCAAGACUUUGUGAAUUUGUGACAAGUUUGCACUUAAAAAAUCAUGUAAAUAUGUCACAUUUUGUUUUAACAUUGUUUUCCCAAGUGUUUAGGUAAUAAUGUAUUACUUUGAAUUCAGAUUUAUGUUUCACUUCACCAUGACUCUGAGAAAAGUUUAAUGCCAUGCAUGGUUAAAAGGAAGCUAUCUCUCUUUUUCUCUCCUUUCUUAAGAGACUAGGAAAAGGAAGGAGGGAAGGAACGGUCCGGAGAAAUGACCGUUCAAGCUGAUUAUGUCAUGACAGUCUGACCGCAGGCUUUACGUAGAUUAUUCAGCUUUUGCGGGAUUUAGAUUCAGGGUUUACUCAGUCCCUUUACCUUAGACAGAACCUUCUUAAGUUCAAAUUGUUGAUAAGGUAUUCAUUUCACAGGUGGUAAAUUCAGACUCUGAAAGCUCAUGACCUGGUUCUUGGCUUCCACAAACCAGUACCACCCCCAAGCUCUCUGCUUGCGGUUUGUGGACACCUGCCCUCCAGACCCCCUGCCCUGCCCUGAGAUGGUGAGUGUGGCCCAAGAGGGGUGUGCUGCCCUGGGCCCCUGCUGUUAGCAUAGCCUAUGCGGGGCCACAGUUCCAGCAGUAACACCGGGCACCUCGGCAGUCAUGGGAGCUUACAAACAGGUGUGAAAUACUAGUAUGGCAGUAACAAAAAAAUGUUAGUAACGGAUGAUUUGAACUAUGUGUUUUGUUGGGCAAGGGAAUAAAAAGUGCAGAAACUAAUAAACUGAACAUGAAGAACUUUGGAAAAUGAUUUUAACACUAGAAACAAGGUAGCCUCUCUUUUCUUCUUCUUGCCCAACUGUGUUCCCUAAUGUUCUGUAGUCCGCUGUUGUGCAGGAGGAAAAGAUCCUUUUUGCCACACUUGCCUGUUCUGUUAAGCCUAUUUUGACCUCCCCAGGCAUCUGAGGAGUAUAGAGUAAUCUUAUUAAAUAUUACUUUGAACACGAUGUGUGCGUGCACACAUGCACACACACAGUAAAAGACGCUUCUCCUGUUUUAGAAAAUAUGUCCUCUGUUUUGGAUGAUUGCUGUCUAUGCACUAGAAAUUUCUAAUGUAAAGGGACUUAAGUAAAUGGCUAAGGGAACAUCUAGAAAGGAAGAUUAUUUCCAAAGUUUUGUUGCUUAUUUUUGCUGACUCUCUUUUGUUUCCUUUGUUGUUGUUUUUUAAAUCUUGUCUCUAGUGACUGAAGAGUUUUUGAGUACAUAUACUUAGGUCAUGGUUAAAGGACAUUAAAAUAAAUCUACAAUUUACCAGAAUUUGGUAUUAAAGAAUUGGGUAUUGUCAAUGUGCAUCAUUUGCAUAUUGAUCUUAAGUUUCCUAAUUUCAAGUGUGUAAAGUAAAAAUAUUACCGCAACCUAGUACACCUGUAGUUGUACUUAGUAUUCAGGAUGUGAUAUUUACCAUAUGCAGAACAGUGUAAACUUAUUAAGUCACAUUCCAGAUUAGGAGAAAGUAGACAGUAAUUACUCUUUGCUCUUCCCUAUUCUGUUACCCAUUUUCCCCCACCCUCCUCCACAUUAUACACACUUUUAAUACUUUUGAAUCCCAUAAGAAACUUACUGCUUCACUGUUUUUCAGUUUUGGCUUCUGUUAUUUUUUGUGGCUUAAGGCAAAUAUAGGAUUAAUAUCUGUGUUCUAGUUUCAGCCAAGACAAUAGGAUGUUCUAACUUUCCUUUUCCUUCCUGCACACACAUAGCUAAAACAUAACGAAGGCUGCAUGGAUCCAGGGAUAAGGAAUAUUCUCAAGCCAGGAUCCAGGAGGAAACAAACAUGGUUCAGUUCCCCAAACUUCGAGUACUCUGGGUAGUCCAAGGGCAGGGGCUGGAAGGACCUAUUGCUGGUUAAAACUCUCCAUGCUCAGCUUCACUCUCUGCAUCAGGGCCAGGACCCAGGGCUGGUCUGCAUGCUGAAGUGCCUGAGUAGUUUGGAACUGACCCUGUGCUAAAACUAAAACAUUAGUUACCAAUUUGGCUUGAUCAAAGUGAAUUUUCUUCUUUGCACCUUUCCUGUCCUAGAAGAGUCUCUCCUCCAUGGUUCCCCUAAUCUGAGGUUGAACAGGUAAACCAGGAAAGGUAGAAUGGUUAUCAGGGAUUUUUAAGUCCACUUGGAGAGCAGACCGUAUUGUGCCUCUUCAUCUUGACCAGGCUCUUACAGAUAGGUCCCUAAGCAUUAUUAUUCCCCAGAUUCUCUUAACAAGCAAUACUCAGCUAAUAAAAUAUUGGCAUUUAUGAAUGUCCCUAAAACAGAAUUGGUCAACUAGGUACACUGCCUCAAUCUUGACAAAACGAGAGAAUAGGUUCUCUCAGGUUGGUAGUAAAUUGAAUACAGUCCGUUAGUUUGCUUCAAAACAGUGUUUUCAGAUAGAAAGUCAUUCAUUUUAAGAGCUGAACAGAAAAACAACAGCAACAAUCCAAACACAUUCCAGUCUGGCCUUUUGAAAAUGAAGCAGUAGGAACAAGGAAAAUCUUUAUAUUAUUGAGAGCAUGGUACUCCAGAACCAUGAAAGCAGUUUUUAUCUUAGGUUUUCAGAGUUGCUUUACCUUUCAGUUCAAUCUAAAAGGUUGCUAAUAAAUGCUAAGCUUUUUUUUUUUUUUUUAAUGAUAUUUAGUUGCACUAUUUCCAGUGACUAGUCAGGCAUUGUGCCUGAUAUUUAUGCCUCCAAGGGAUGUCUCUCGAGCCUUCAGGUACCUUCCAUUGUAGGUCACCUUGGGGAGAUAGCAUUAACAAUAAAUAUGUCAUCUCAGUCUUACUUAAUGAAUGUUCUGAGUUGUCUAGUAGAGAAGGCUCCCUGAAUCUUAAGAAAAAAUUUUGAUUAAAAUUCUCCAUCCUAUUAAGCAGAAGAUAAAGCCAAAUGACCUGGAGUUGAUCGCCCUACUCUUCCUUAACCCCUGUGCUCAAGAUACUGAAACUAUCUGUGGUAACCCAUGUAACAUUUCUAAGUAAGAUCUGGCAAAUGGGACAUUUUUGUUAGGAGUAGGGGAAGCAUACUUGCGUGGGCUGGGAAGGCACCCAGAUGUAGGUGUUUUAGGAAUUAUCUCAGAUUUAGAUAAAUAGCCAAAGGAAGACCUCAUUGCCUUCCUGGUGAAGGUGUAAAUUCAUACAUAUUGCUGACUUGACAGUUACCAUCCUAAUUGCUUAUUAUUGCCUUUCUCCACCUUAGAGCCCUUACAGAGCUCUUGGGUGAAAUGAUUUGUUAUAACGAUGGAGUCUUCUCUGGUCAUUACACCACUAUUUAUUUCUAGAACUCACUAUCAGUGAGUAGUGCCAGGGUUUUUCUCUUUGACCUAGAGGUUUCACUUCACAGCAAAGAGGGAAAAGUCCCUGUUGCAUUACCACAACUUGCUAAGUAAAAAACUUGGCCGACGGUAGUUUUCAGCUCAAUUUAUAGAAUAGUCCAAAGAGACUCUGAGAAACAUGAUGAUAGGCAGGGAUCUUUCCUCCCAUGUUUCAAUACCUACAUACCUAUUGAAAGGGAACAGUAGGUAAAACAUUUCCUAAAGUUGAAGUGAGAGCUUCAUAGAUUCUUGGUUACUUUAUUUUUUUUAAUGCUUUACAUUUGAUACAACUAUUAAAGAUCAAUUUUAAAAAUAGCUUUCCAGUAAUAUAUUUUAAGUAAUAUAUAUUUUAAUAUCUAUGUAAAAAGUGACAGUGGAAGACUUUGAAUUUCUCAUAUAUGGUAUGUUUAACGUAGGACCUCACUGUUAAGGCACAAAUUGUUACAAAGGAAGUUACUCUAAAGACACUCAGAUUAUUUCCAGAAAAUGCAAUAAGGGGAAUAGUUUUGAAGUUUAUUUUUUAUUUUAAAAGAAUAUCAACUUAUUUACCACAAGCUAUUUUUUUUCCUUCUGGCUUAUAAGGUUUGUACAGACUGGUUUGGUAAAUGCUAAACUUUUGUGUCUUUUUGCCUUUUUAAAGGAAUUGUUAACAUUGGAAUUGAGGGUAUGUACAGAGAAGUUGGUGUCAACACCAUUUAAAAAGUCAUAUUUUUUCACAAAUAUAGAAAAAUCAUUUUACAUAAGAAUUUUAAGUAUUUGCAAUAAAUAUAUGUAUAUAGAUUGUAUGUAUUCAUAUAUUCUUAUUUUUCAUUUUAUUAUUAAGUAAAAGAUAAUUAAAGUGAAAAUAAAAACCUUGGACUUUUUGGUGAAUCUUGAGGUCUGACAUCCAUCUGAGAGCGGUGUGGGUAAGGGCCCUCAGCUGUUGCCUUAUAUUAUUACCAUUGGAAGAUUACAACAGAUUGUAUAGAAGGGUAAAAUGAGAAAUUUGGUGAUAAACAAAUCAGGGUAGCAUAUUUCUUUCAGAACUCUAGUAAAAAUAUUAAACUUGCCUAAUCUGUCUGUCUCUGCUUUCACCCUUGAACUGUUCUGUCUCUUAACCAUGGGAUGUUACUGGGAACGUUGAAAAACAGACAAACACAAAAACAUGGUGCAUUCCUUUUUUUUUUUUUUAAUGUGCCCACUGUUUGCUUCUAAAACAAAGAAUGGUAAGAAAAUAUCUCAGGGGUAAAAAUAGGUUUUUCUUUCUCAACUGUGGUUAAUAAUUCAUUAGCAAACAUUCACUGCCACAACCUUCUAAGCGAUAGGAGUAUGUGAAGAAAUAAUCCCAUGAAGAUAAUCAAAAACUUGUUUUCUCUUUACCAGUUCUUCUCUGAGAAGUAAGUUUCCUAACUGGUUCUGUAUCCUUCCUGAUUGAUCCGGUGAGGGAGUUUCAAAACCAGUUUUAGGUCCUUCCUAAUUGAUCUGGAGAGCUAGAAGAGCUAGGAGAGCUUGGAUUUUGAUCUCCCCUGUGUCAGGAAGGGCAUUUAUGCAAAUGAGGACUCAGCCAGAUAUUAGGAGAGCUUAACUGCCAGUCUAUAUCCCAUACCUACAGAUAGCCUGGAAUCCUGCUGUUCAAGAGAAUUUUGUGGUUGCAAAUACUUGGUUUUAGGAUAUGAUUGAAGGAGCAAAAUGAUACCUAGAUAGUCUUUGGAAAUAGAUAUCUAGUCUAUUCUUUAAAAAUGAAUAAUUUAUAGAUUUAUUGAUGAAAUAAAAAAUAAGGUCAGAACUCCACGAAUGUAUCUUAGUGACCCAUGAAACUGACUCUUCUAGUUUCCUAGUUCUCCCCUUAAUUCCUCAGCUGUGAUUAUUUCACUGAUAAAAGUAGCAUAUUUUGGAAAUUAAUAAGGAUUUAUAGAAUGCUUUUUUUAAAAGAUUGCCUUGUUAUCUUUCAAAAAUUGAAAUUUCAAACAUUGGGGUUGCCCAAAGACAUUGAAGAUCAUUUACCACUCCAAGAGAACAGCAUUCUAAAUCUUUGCUUAAAAUAUGCUUUUUCUAAAGGAAAUUUUCGUAUGUCUCAGGGAACAUCUGCAUUCUUAUAAUUACCAUAUAUAAUAGAAGUGAAAGUGAAAUAUUUAAAUGUAUGUGAACCAGUCCAUUAUGGCCAUUUACAGACAGACACACACACACACACCGUUUCUAAUACAUAUUUAUAAUUAUUUAAAUGGGCCUCCUACCUCACCAGAAGUAAAAUUUCUUCAUGUUCAGGUUAAUGACAUAGGAGCCUAAAUGUGUAGUUGAUGUGCAGUUGAAUGAGAAAGAGCAAUAUACUAGAACACGACUUCAACUUGAAUCUCCAAUUGUCCAUUCUUUAUUUACAUCACAGUCUAGAAACCUGUGUUCAAUGCUUUUGACACUACUUGACCAAACGGUCUUAAGAAAUAAGAUUUUGCAUAAUGUGUCUAGCUGGUUUUGUGUACAAAUCAUGUUAUUCAUUGAUUCACAUAUUUCUCGGAGCACCUACUAUGUGCUAGGCACUGUGAUGAGGUUCAGGUUUUAUAAGGGUAAACAAAAGCAACCAGGUAGAUUGCAAAAGGUCUUCCUAACAUAUCAGUAGCCAUACAGCACAUGUCUAGUUCAGGGCUCAAGGAGUAAUAGAUACCACAUAUUUCCCAAGACACGAUGGAAAUUUAAAUAUAAAUGAGUUAUGGAAGGGACGUGUUUGAGGCACUGUUUGAAACCAUGGCAAAACAUGAAGAGCGAAAGGAAAGGCAUUGCCCCUAGGUAAAAUAACAUGGAAGUGAAGAAGAUGUAGAAUUCUUAAUAGAAACUUAAAUUUCUUAGUAACAUCUUAGUUGAAGAGAGAAUCCCGUUCAAUUAAUUCUGGUCAGUGCACCCAGAAAGAUGCUAUAAUCUUAACUAACCCUUUCCAAUAACUCUUAGGUAAAUAAUGUAGCCUGCCUUUCCCUAAUGUUCAAACCGAAAGGAAGCUAAAGAGAAUUAAAACUAAACCUUGAUUUUCAUUUUGUAGUCUGGUGAGAAGGAAGAGAUGUUGCAUCCCUGUUUUUUCUCCAUAAUGGAUAAAACUGGUGUUCUAAAGUUUUUAUUCUAGUACAGUAGAAUUGGCUCCCCCAUCCCCCAUUAUGAAGUCACAGAAUUUUUAACUACAAGAAACUUCAGCAGUACCUUAGUCCUUUUUAAUGGCCUAAAUUCCCAAUUUUUACUUUAAGAUUUUCUGGUUAAAAAAAAAAUUUUUUUAAGAUAAAUCAUUGUAUUUUGUGAGUGCUUAUUCUUGAAUUUUCCUUAUCAUUUAUCAUUAACUUGGAUUGUUGGAUUUGCAACUCAAAUUCUGCAUGCCAAAAUAUCCAUAUUCACCUUUAAAAGAGGUAUUUGGUGUAUUCCACCAUGAAAUGUCCCAACUUUGCCCAGGAAGUAGGAGGGUGGGUAUCCUGUAUUUUCCUAAUACUUGGUGACCUUAGAAAACCAAGUUUCUUUUACAGAGAUGUAUAAACUGAGGAAUCUCUAUACCUCCGUGGAGCUUUCACUCUUAAUCAGUAAAGACUAUCUCUAUAAGAAAGACUUCCCUAAGAAAGACAGGAAGGAGGGAUUGAGCCUGGAAGGGAGAGCCAGAGAUGAUCAGGCCAUAGAAAUGGGCUGUGACGAGAUAGUGUGUUCUCCUGAAGAAUAACUUCCAACUCUAUUCCUGGUUCUUCAAACUCAAAAGGAGGCUAAAGGGAAAUAAAAAAAGCCCACUGAUUUCCAUCUUGACUGCAAAACCCACAGAAUGCCUGGGGGAGAAAAAAGGUAAACCCAAGAUUGGAUUUAAAAUGGGUUUAAGUAAACUGAAUUAUUCUUAACUUACCCUUUUAUGGAGUUUUUUUUUUUUUUUUUUUAAGGUUUUGAGUUCACAUAAUGUUAAAUUGCCAUGAUUAGAAUGUGAAAUUUGAUUUGAGACAUUUUAUGGGCAAGGUGAUGGUUUUCUAUUGAGUUAUCCGGUGGCAGCUUUUGCUGCUGCUCAGGAUUUAGUGUUGUGCACCUGUGUCUGUUAAAUAAUGCCGAUGUUGCUCAUAAACACUAUUUUGCCAACUUGAGUCAACAAUUUUAUUAACUUUAAUCGUGGGUUCUCUUUCUAAAUAUUUAAAAUUUAAAUUAGCCCAAUAAGAAAGCAGUGCAUUAAAUGUUAUCAAAAUACUUGAAGAUACCUUAGAACUAUUAUUUUACACACAGCCUGUUCCCUUUCUAUGGAAAGGGUGGUACAAAAACUUUUACUUUAUUACUUUCUUUCCAAAAACCAAUAUCUGAUGUUUCCAGAUACCUAGAGCUUGGAAAUGAUGGAGUUGGACUUUGGCCCGAGGUUAGCAAUUCUCAUUUUAGGUUUUUGGGCAAUAGCAAUUUGAAGACCUGGGUGGUAACCCCAGCUGAACGUAUAUGUAAUCACUUAACACAAACUUUAAAGUAAUGAAACUUUUCCAGAGUCUCAGAUUUGGUUUCUCCUCUGUUGUUGCAUAAGGAGAUGGAUUCUGGGCUGGGAAGGACCUAACCGUUUGUUCCUUGAUAAUAGACUACUGAUUGAAGGGCAGGCUCUUACUGAAUUCGUGAAAUUCAUAGAAUCCAUAAAAGAUCUCGAGUACAUGACUAAUGAAACUCUGGAAAUAAACCUUUCUCAGCCAUAAGUGCUAUGACCUAUUUUUUUUUAAAACCCGUCUUAAUCCUGUGACUCAUUGCAUCACACCUUAAAACUUUUUCACCAGCACCAAGAGAAAUCAGAAUGGAAGAAAUGACCUUAUGUUGGUCUUGUUCACUUAAUCUUUGUGCACAUAGGCCUUAGCACUUUGACAGAUAAAACUCUGCCUUUUAGCUCCCCUCUCACUAUCGUCUUUAUUCCUCUCACUUUUAGACCGUUCCUUUUAUUGGUUGUAUAAAACUACCUUCCUCAGAAUUGAAUGUACAAUGUUUCUGCACAUGGGCAAAUUGUAUUUUAUCUUAAUGACUCAUUUAAGUUGAAUAAAGGCGUACAGUUUUACUCUA